GUUCUAACUUGUUUCGUAUGUUGUGGGUAUAAAAUUGUGUUCUUAUCUUGGUAUAAACUUUUGUGAGGAUAAAAUCUAUAAUGUUGAGAAUAAUUGUAGUUUCAUAUCUUCUGGUGAACUCUGUAGCGGCAAUUACAGAUGGAGACGAGAUUUUAAAUAGCUUCUACAAUAAUAUAUCAUCAGCAACGACUAAUUCAAAAUGCGACAACGUCGUUGGUGAUGGGACUGGUUGCUAUGAAUGCUACCACUGCAAGGAAGAUGCGGUGGAGAAAUUGGUGAAAAGGAAGAGGGAUAAAACGGAAUUCCAGUUGUUUGACUCCACGUGCUCGACAGCGACCUCGAUAUGCUGUUUCUCACAAACACAGAAUAUUUUCAGGUCAAACAUGAACUGUGGUCGGAAUAACCCUGAAGGCCACCCUCGGAGGGUAAGAAAUAGCCUAAGAUCGGUGCUACCCGGAGAAUAUCCGUGGAGAGCUUGGAUAUACAGUAAUAAAAAUGGAAAUGUCCCGUUGUGCGCUGCCGUGUACAUCAGCUCUGACAAUCGAGCUCUGUUGACGCCUGCUUCAUGUGUCUACGGACAUCUGGCCGAAGACCUCCGCGUCAGCUUCACUAAAGACUUUGAAGAAUCUUAUGAUGUCAGGAAAGUUAUACCUCAUGCAUAUUACCUUAAAGAGACCCACUACUACGAUAUAGCGAUUGUGGCUUUGUCGUACGAAGUGACUUUACCUCGGUGGGUGAAACAAGUCUGCCUGCCUGAAGUUGCUGCCAACUACGCGACGCCCUGCAUCACUGUGUCAAGCGACGAUAACUAUUCGAAUGCCAUUAUACCUCAGCAGUCGAAUUGCGCGGUUGAUGGUGUACCCUUAGAUACGAGCUUCCUUUGCACGGUGUCACCAAUAAAUGACUACGACCCAGAGAUAGGAGGAGGCCUGAUGUGUCCUGAAGUGGUGGUUCACAACCUACAUCAUACGAUCUAUGGUAUCACUCUCUACAAGAGCGGUAAUUCCUCCAUCGCCGUACACACGAAUGUCACGUACUUUAAGGAUUGGAUACACAAGAAUUUAAGUGAUUUAUCGUAGAAUAAAAUAAAUUAAAUGUGUUUA